AUGGAGACACCAGCCAUUGCCAUCAUUGGCGGCGGGCCUUGUGGUCUCACUCUUGCACGUCUAUUAGAAUGCCAGGGCAUCGACUACGUUGUCUAUGAGCGGGACGAGAGCAGCACCUCGAACCGUGCAGGCGGUACCCUUGAUAUCCACGCCGGAACAGGCCAAUACGCGCUUCGUGAGUGCGGCUUAUUCGAUGCGUUUCAAAAGCACGCCCGCUACGAAGACGUGUUUUUCGCACUCGCAGACAAGCACGGAAAACGGGUGUUUGAGAUCGGGCAGGGCCACGAUGCGCCUGAGAUCGACCGCCGCGAGCUGCGGCAGAUCCUUUUGGACUCCAUCCCCCCGGGCAAGAUCAAAUGGGGCCAUUCCCUGAGGGGCGUCAAGUUCGGCGAUGACAAGGAACUCAUUCUAGAGUUCGCGAAUGGCACUCGUCUGUCAGGCUUCAAAGUCAUAGUGGGCACCGAUGGUGCCUGGAGCAAAGUGACGGCAGCACAUCCCCGGUACUCUGGGAAAAGCUACCUGGAAUCGAGAAUCCGUCUCGACAGUCCUCUUUAUGAAAAGACGAAAAGAGCGAUGGAGCACGGGACGUUUGUCACUGUUGGCUCGGGCAAACUCAGCGUGACUCAAAGGCAGGGCGACGGUUCUUAUAGAAAUUACUUCGGGUUUCAAGUGCCUGAGGACUUCUUCUCAAAUGACAGCUUCGACGUUUCGGACGUCGAGGCCACACGCCAGCUGCUGCUCACAAAGUUUUAUACGGAUUGGUCAGAAGAUCACAAGGAGCUUGUCCAGCACGCUACCGACUUCCGCCCUUGGCCUCUCUACACACUGUCUACGGAGGACAUGGGCUGGAAGUCAGUCGGCGGCAUAACUCUUGCUGGUGACGCUGCACACCUUGCCAUUACCAACGGAGAGGGCGUCAACCUCGCACUCACGGACGCAGUCAAAUUGGCAAGCAGCAUUGCCGAGCAUGGCCUCGAUAAUCUGUCACAAGCCAUCCAGUCGUACGAGGAAGAACUGAGCAUCCGUGGGACAGACACAAUCAACAAGGGAAAGGCACUCGCAGAAGUCAUGUUCAGCGACGGCCCUCAAGCAUUGAUUGACCUGAUGAAUUCAUUCGUAGAAGAGGCUUAG